AGGAUGUAGUGGUGCGCUGCGCCUCCCCUGCACAGCCAGACCGCAGUCACCUCACACUGUUUGUCUCAACACCUCAACACCAAGGUGAUUCAGCAUUGAGUGGUGGUGGAGGCUGCAAGAAUGACGUCACACAGUCGCUAACGAUCCUCGGCGGACAACACCCCGGCCGGUGCCAGCCCGCCUUUAGCGGAAUCGUUUGGGCGGCCGUCUGAUCGAUGAGCCAGCAAGGAAAAGCCGAGAGGGUACUCCCGAGAUGCCAGAAUGAGGCUGUAGCAGGAAAAUCCAGGCAGGGAAGGGAGUGACUCAUUGUGGGCUGGAGUCACUCAUUCUGGAAAGUCUGACUCGGUCAUGUUGCCACCAGUGCCGCGACCUCCAAUGCCACACUGCUCAGGGCGCAUUUGCAGCUCACUAAUCUGUCAAUUAAUUAGUGUUUCCUCGGGAAGCACGCUCGCUAUUAUCUUGAGAAUUAAUUUGGAUACAGGUAGAUCUAAUUUUACGAGGAAACAGUGAAGUGGAGGAGCAGCAGAAGGAGGAAGUGGAGGACGACGAGAGGCGCGCGAGGGAGUCUGGCAGGCGGGCGGUGUGGUGGAGGUGCACAUGCGCGAGCCCGUCUGCACACCUCGCCAGUUUCUCAGUGCGGCCAUCUUGUGCCGCUUGCCAUGGUGGCCGAUCUCUGGAACCGUUUCGAUCUUUGUGAGACCAUCAAUCCAGCAAACGAUGGAUUAAUGGGACUCUCCAUCGACGCAGUACCAUGCACAAAAUAAAAAAAGGAAUCAAGAAAAAGAUCAAAGGAAAGAAGGAUAAAGAUGAUGAACUAUUUACUCCAGAAGAAUUAGAAAGAUAUAAAAAAGAGAAGGAAGAACAAGCCAGACGCGAGGCAGAAAAACAACUAGAACAGGAAGGUCAGGAGAAGAGUGAAGACAAGGAGAACAAGCCAGAAUCUCCUGAGGAAGGCAGCGCAGCAGCAGCGUCUGAGGACACUGCGGCGUCCUCCUCGACAAAGGAAGGAGACUGGAGAAACUUCUUUGCGGCAACUGACACUGUACUUAAGAAGACUACAGACAAUCUCGUUCACAUCAAAGAGGCCAGCACUGUCGUUCAGAAAGACAAACCAGCUGCACCUCUUCCUACUGAAGUCCCUACUGCCGCUCCAGUACCCGUCGCUACUGCAGCACCUCCAACCAAGAAGUGGGUAGACCUUGAGAAGGGCGGAAUCGAUGAUGCAGAAGAGGUAGAAACAGAAGAACCACAACCGGAGCCUGAGGCCGAGCCUGAACCUGAACCUGCCCCACUUCAGUUUAUAGAGGACCUCCCAGACGUAGAUGUAGACGAUUUUACAGAGGUAUUUGACACUACUUACGUAGACAAUGUUGAAAGUGGACAAGUAAAACUUCAUUACAUCCCGGACAGCCCAAUCGAAACUGAUCCUAAUGAGCCUGAUCCUUUCGACACCUCCGUAGUUGAUAAAGUCUUACACGUCGAAGAAGAAAAACCUAAAGUUCAGAGAGAAAAACCCGAGAAGAAAAAGAAACAACUCGUAAGUCUUGGUUGUGCUGUUGAGGUUCUCACAGGUAACGUCCCAGUUGAAAAGCCCACAGCGACUCCACCAGCAAGCUCCAAGCGACGAAGGGUUGUGCCAAAGGAAAAAGAUUUACUGGGUGACUUUGGCGAGGAGAGUGAUCAAAGUGGAGAUACGGGAGGGGAAUCUACAGAGAAAGAUAACGAGCAAACAGAAGACUCAAAAGAAUCUAAGGAAACCAACAUUCUUGAUGAAAUCUUGUGUGUGGGUGAGCUAGAAGCAGUGCUUCCUGAACCAGGCACUGUAAUUUGUCCCUCACCCCGAGCAGUCUCACCAGCACCAAAUACAGAAGAAGAUAAGGAUACUUCUUCCGUCGUUCUCAAUAAUGGCUGUGAAGGUAACAAAGAAGUUGAUUUGAGUGAAUUUCUUGAGUCUUCUGGAGAAGAACAAGACAAUAAGGAUAGCGGGAAAGACAAAGACCUUGAUCUGAAGGAUCUAGUUGCAGAAUUUGAUAUUAUCGACAAAUCUGAAGUUGUUAACGAAUCUUUAGUGCCAACUGAACCAGACCCAAUCGAAGACGAGUUCGACGCUGAGUUUGCUUUCUUAGCGGCUGAAUCCGUUGCUAAAGCAAAAGAGAAAGAAUUCGAAGACCUUGAAGACGACCCGUUUGACACUUCUGUCGCAGCUCACAUACUCGGGGCGGACGAAAACACUGAAAAAGAUCCAUUUGACGUAGAUUUCGCACAAGCUACUCAAGAAGGAAAGACAUCAAAGGCCCCGCCACCGCGACCAGCUCUCCCUAAGGCUAAAACCGAGCAUCCUGAAGAAGUUGAUCCUUUUGAUACUUCACUAGCUGAGAAGAUUAUAACAGUCGAACCUCCUGAAGAAGUAGAUCCUUUUGAUACAUCGGUAGCUGAGAAGCAUCUUCCAGUCGAUCCAUUCUCUCUUGCAGAUACAGAAACUGAGCUUCCAGAGACUUUACAACCGCAACAAGGAAAUGAACUGAAAAAUUCCGACAGCUUUGAUCCUUUUGAUACUUCCAUCGCUGAAAGUUUCGGAAGGACUGAGCUCAAAGUUCUUGAAACAGAGCUGCUGUCUGCUUCUGAAAUACAAGCGAGUCUAAAAAAGAGUGACUCUGACUUCGAUUUUGAUCCUCGAGCCGAGGAAAAGUCCAGUGGUGCAAAUACUUGCUUGCUGACAGGCUCCCACGAAGACAACGAUACCAGCGCUCCUGUCCUUGCCCCUUCCCAGGAUACACAAGCCGAGGACUUUGACCCAUUCGAUACUUCUAUUGCUGCUAAAGUUGAAAUACAAACCUUAGAGGCCGAACUUCUCAGCAAGCCAGACGAAAUCCAGCAGAUUGCUGAAAAAGCUGCAGAUAAUAAGAAGGUCCCACCACCUCGACCUCCUCCAACUCAAGCUCACUUGCUGGCCAGCAGUCCCACUGACCCCAAUCCAGCACUCCAUCCUUCUGCACUGAGCGAUAGAAAUCCAGAUUCAGAAGACUUUGAUCCUUUCGACACCUCCAUUGCAAAUCAGUUUGGACAGACAGAACUUCGGUCGAUUGAAGGCGAAUUGUUAAGUGAUCAGCAACAACAGCCCAACCAAGUGCUCACAGAAGUUGCUGAUAAACCUAAGGCAAAAGAACUUCAGUUGCCAAUCAGACCUCUACGACCACCCUCUCCCAAGUGUCUACUGACUACUACUCCUUUAGACGAGCAGCCUGUCGUCCCUCUUCAGCCCGUAGUGGGAGCGGCAACCGAUCUUCCAGAAAACCUUCCCGACGACUUUGAUCCAUUUGAUACUUCUAUCGCUGACCAGUUUGGUAAGACUGAGCUAAAGGUUCUCGAGAGUCAACUCCUUGUAUCUCAGCAACACAUAGACGACCAGGACUUUGAUCCCCGCGGAGGGAAGAAACCACCACCUCGUCCGCCCUCAAGACCACCCUCAAGACCACCUUCAAGACCACCUUCCCGCCCUCCUUCCCGCCCCCCAUCACCUGCUCCUACUAAGUGUCUGCUGACUGCCUCUCCCGCCAGAACUCCUGUCAGUGGUGAAAUUCUGCUUCCUUGUAAUCCUACGCCGUCUGAUUUGAACGACGAAUUUGAUCCAUUUGAUACCUCCAUUGCAGAAAAAUUUGGAAAAACAGAACUCCGCCACCUUGAGAGUGAGUUGCUAAGCGGAGUAACAGCUUCUGUAGAAGAUUUUGACGACUUUGAUCCCAGAAAAGAAGAUACACCUAAAUCAACAGCCACAACAAAGCCAGCUCGACCAGAGAGACCGGCCCAGCCAAACCCGUGUCUUUUGGCCACUACACCCACCGACGGAAGUGCCACCUUACAGCCCUGUCUUGGUUUGACAGCUGAACCCUUGGAAGGUGCUACACCCGAAGAUUUUGAUCCCUUCGACACAUCUAUAGCAAGUAAACUCUGCAAAACCGAGAUAAAAGACCUUGAAGAAUCUCUUGUAAAAACUAAUCCUCAAGAAGCUAUUAGAGAACAGGCUGGUAUCGGCCUCCCUCCAACAGCACCUGAGUGUGCUUCUGUGGACCGCUUCUUCUCUUCAUCACCCACCCCUGACCUCGGCCCGACUCUUCAGCCUGUUGCCAGUCAACCCACAGACACUUCAGAGGAACUUGAUCCUUUUGACACUUCUAUUGCUGAGAAAUUCGGUAGAACUGAACUGAAGACUCUUGAGACUGAGCUCCUUUCAGAUUCUGGAACAAAAAGAAACUUAAGCGACGACGAGUUUGACCCUCGCGAAGAGGAGGCAAAAGCUCCCAGGAGGCCACCAGCACCAAGACCACAGUCGCCAGCACCUGUCAGUCUCCUAGAUUCUGCUCACGAUCAAGAUAUUCCAGACCAGCCUAUACAGGUGAUUCAACCACAGUCAGCCGCACAGGACAUUGAUGAUUACGACCCAUUUGACACUUCUAUAGCCGCUGAUAUUGCUCCAAGCAAAGCUGAGCUCAAAUACCUCGAAAACGAACUCUUAAGUUCUGCUCAGGACCCAUUUGAUACCUCUAACAUCGCUUAA